AAACCGGACACCCUUAUCCCACAACACCGUAACCUACAUCUCCAUGUCCAACUGUCCGACCUCUACCUUCUUCCGUCGCCGAACACCGCACCACCACCAUUUCCCACCGUCUGCACCUCCCUGUGACCAGAAUCACCACCCGAAUAAAACCCCUAGACCAUUUAUAACGUCCGGGUGUCACAUAGCAGUGAAUAGGGACUUUCACAAUUCGAAAUUUUCACUUUUUCUCGCACAAUCGACGACUCAGGCAUGGCUAGUAGUUCUAGGCGUGGGAAAGGUAGGAAAACCGGAAAGGGUCAGACGGCACCGCAGCAGGAUCCGGUUCCUCACGAGACUCCAAUUAUUCAAAUCGCUGCUGAUGAUCCGAAAUUAAGGAAAAUCAAAUAUCGAACCUCGUAUAACUUUAUCCCGGAUCAGAAAACGCACAGAGACGAUCACCCGAUUCUAAAGUUUGAAGAAGAUUCACCCGAAUGGGAUAAGUUUGAAAAGUUGAAAGAUACUGAGCUCCUUCAACACCGGGUUAUUGAUUGGAAGUGGUUGGAGGAGAUAGGUUCAGAGCAGGAGGUGAGGGAACUCUUGGUUCAGAGAUUGAUUUAUGCGAUGAACUGCACCGAGCCUCAGUAUGAGGAGUUAGUGUUAGAGUUCCAUAGUACAUGGGUGCACAAGGAGGGUAAGUUCGAGCAGGGCACGGCUGUAUCAUUUAGCUUUGGAAGGCAAGUGUAUGAAAUGAAUGUGCCGAGGUUUGUUGUCGUUUCGGGUUUGUAUACGGAAGAGGAGGUGAGGAGACCGGAGUUUGCUACUUACUUACGGGGUGCGUAUAGUGAGCGUAGGGACUGUAGUGUUGGUAAAGCUGAGCUGAAAAAGUUUUGGAAUACGAUUUCUAAUCGUGAAUUUGGGCAAACGAACCUUAUCACAUCGGUUCGUAACCCAGUCUAUAGAUAUGUACUGAAGAUCCUAUCGACGACAUUGAUGGGUAGAAAGUCGGGGGAAAACAAAGCAAAUUGGCUCGAGCUUUUCAUCUUGAUGUGUAGGGUACAGAAGAAGGAAUUUAAUCUGGCUACUGUUCUAGCAGAUUCUUUUAGCAGAGGUAGGAGGGGAGGUAUUAGAGCUGGGUUGGAUAUGGGCCCCUACAUUACCAGGAUUGCAACAAAUUUGGGAGUGUUUGACACAUAUCUUCCCGAAUUUCUACACAGGGGGCCCAAGACAGUGGUAUUUGGGAUGGAGGAGUUGCAAAAGGCGGGAAUAGUGUCGUGGCAAGCACCCUACGGCUGGGAGCCGAUCAAAGAGGGUCCGCAUGUUCAGGUGCCUCAGAGACGACCAGCUGAGGUUGUCGUGACUCAGACUGAGCCUACACUUACGCAGCAGCCACCACAGGCACCUGAGCAGCCAGUACGUCAAGUUCAUAGGAGACACCCUUUAUCUGAACCCCUUACUUUGGAGUCAUUCUCUGGCUAUGUGGAGCAGAGAUUUGACAGGUUGGAGCAGAUGAUUGAGGCACUUAAGAAGGGUCAGUCGAGGCAGGAUGAUGUUCUUCGUUAUAUGAUGACCGUUCAGAGCAUGAGGAUUCCGGAUUACUUCCGGCCAGGGCAGGAGGGCCAGGCUGGUGUUGGUGCACAGGCUGAUCCGGAGCCUCCAUUUCAGGUGUUUGAGGAGAGCAGUCAUGAUUCCGAUAGUGGUGCAGCUGGACAGCAGUGAGGAGUAGGUUGGGGAUUGCAUGAGGAUGCAGAGUAGCAGCUGACUAUUAUAUCUUUUGAUUAGUAUUUUUAUUUUGUGCUGUUUUGAUCCUCGCUUUUGGUCUGUAUUUGAUAUUCGUACACUUAAAACAGGUUGGUUAGGGAUGGAUGGGUUGGUGAAUGUUGGAACUGAUGAACUACUGAUAUUUUUGAUAUAUAUUUAUGAUGAUAUGUUUGGUAGUU